CAGAUAACCAUUUGACGAAUUGCUUACGGUGAAUGAGGACAGAUAGAGCCUAUUGUGGUUAUUUAACGUGAGCAAUGCAUUAGUGGACUUUAUAUUCUACCUUAUAAACAGUACUCAUUUUUUAAGUGCGUAAUAAGGUUAAAUAAUAUUGUAACUUAUUAUUCUGGAUAGCGCUGGUCGCCGUGCAACUGUUUUGUGAAGUCGCGCUUUUAUCACUUCAACUUACUAGUUGUAAACAGCGUUGUAUUUUUUGUACGCUCUCUGUGAGAGUAGUGUAUUGAUUCUAUUACGAAAAUAAUUUCGGGUAGCUAAUUAUUGCAGUGAUGGCUAAGGUGCAGGUUCUGAACGUAGUAGUGUUGGAUAAUCCAUGCCCUUUUGCAAACCCCUUCCAAUUUGAGAUUACAUUUGAAUGUCUUGAGGACCUACCAGAUGAUCUCGAGUGGAAGAUAAUUUACGUCGGCUCAGCGGAGAGUGAAGCACAUGAUCAGAUUCUUGACUCUGUUCUUGUUGGUCCUGUGCCAGCUGGGAAGCACAUGUUUGUAUUUCAGGCAAAUGCACCAAACAGUGCACUGAUUCCGGAGUCUGAUGCUGUUGGUGUGACAGUGGUGUUAAUAACUUGCACAUAUCGCGGUCAGGAAUUUAUACGGAUUGGUUACUACGUAAACAAUGAAUAUACAGACUCUGAAGUAAGAGAGAACCCUCCUCAACAGCCGGACUUCUCUCAGCUACAGCGCAACAUUCUAGCCUCAAAUCCUCGCGUGACCAGGUUCCACAUAAACUGGGAUGGUUCCACUGGCAAAAUGGAAGACAUUGAGAACAUAGACCCAUCACUGAACCCUAUGCUUCCUCCAAACUGUGUGCCUUCUAAGGGACUGGGUCUACCAGGAACUGCUCUAAGCAUCAUACCCGAUAACUCCAUGGACUGCAUGUAACAGUGUGCUCCAAGAAGUGGACAGCUUUUGAAUGUGGAGCUCCAUAUCCUGGAACUUAGUUUUGCUCCCUUUAACUUGGUGUCUUAAAAUGCUUUUCUCACCCCAUAAAACCCCUUCUCCCAUGAACAGCUUUGGUUUAAGAUGCAAUGGUUCUGGGAGGUAUGGAGGACUAAAUUAAUAUGGGACCAGACAAGUACUCCUGUCUACUUUAUACUGGGGGAGAACUGUUCGUUGACUACUUGCACUUGUGGUGCCAAGAAAUCCCAUGAGAUCUACUUGAUCCGUUCCCUAUAACAAAGGGGUUAUUUCUUUGCAUACUUUAACAGCAAACUGAUUUGAUGCCACCUGAGAUCCGAGUUGGCAUGUGGCAGGUAACACCUUUGCAAGCUUUCAUUUCUACCAGUCAUGUUUGUUUCACCUAAACUCAUUUUUUAAACGCAUACCAGUUCUCCCCUGCUGUAAAACCUCUACAUGAACUGCUUUUAAAAGCGAAUAGCAUGGUCUUUACUUCCCCUUUUGAGAGGUGCUCCAUGGAGUACCUCUUAAGAAGAUCCGCAUUGGCUUUCCAAAACUGAGAUGCAGUUCAGUAUUGCUGUUUUUGUAUGAACUAUCUUGGAAAAGUUUUCUAUCUUAGUCUGCUGACCUGACUUUUGUAGCACCCUCUGAGCCCUUGUUUUCGAAAUAUUCAUACAUGUAUGGACAUAACAUGUUAACAUGCUGUGUUGGUAAGCUUACUGAGCACUUGUUUCCAGAAGGAAGAUGCAGUGAUUCCAGUCCAGUGCUGAGGCUAGAAGGGGUAGUGAACAGAUUGCCUUGGCUGAACCUUCACUGCCAAUACAGAGUAUGUUUCUGAAGAUUUACACAUUUCAAAGUUCCAUACUUGGAAAGACAUGUUACAUGGUAGAGCAGGAAAAGCCAAAUGGAGGUGCCUGGAGUCUAACUUUACAAGUGUACCCACUUCAUGUUAACAUUCAAGAAACAAGACUAAAGGUAUAUCAUUGGUUGCAGCCUGUGUGCUCUGGUCUUGCCUUUGCCUUCUAGAGCACUGCUCUUACCUUUGACCAAAGUCUACUUUUCCAGAAAGGUGUAUUCAGACUCUUAUCUAAAUAUGAUUAUACAUCUGUUUACAUUUUGAGAUGCUUUUGUCAAUAUACAGUUCAUGAUCACCAAGUGAUCAGAAUGCAGUCAGUUUGCUUAACAUUCAGUUUAAGACUGCUAUUAUGUAUGAUAGUUUUGCUGUUUUGUUAACUGCACAAGAUUAAGAUCUGAAGUUUUUUGGAAUAAAAGCACUUGUAAAAGCUGUA